UUUGAAGCAAGGCCUUUAACAUGAAAACGUCUCACCAGCCAUCAGGGUUCACAAAGGCGCUAUAAAUACUAGAUUGUUCCAACAUUGUAGGCGAACUUCAUGGCUUUUCCUUCCCUUUUCCCCUCCACUCUCCAACUCCUCCCCUCCGAGUCUUCCACCACCACCACCACCACCACCAUGAUUUUCACAGCUCCUUCUUCAAUAUUUGAUUCCAGGUUUCUCCAUCUCUCAAUCUCCCUCUGAUCCUCGAUCUUCUUCAAUUCUUUCAUGGAUUUUCCUUCUCUUUUAUCAGAACUGAAAUAGUAGUACACAAAAAGGUUCCAAGUAGAUCGAUCAUAUUUCAGACUAGAACUGCAAAUUAAGUUUGAUAACAAAGAUGGGUUUCUGGUCACUCUUUGAGGUGGCAUCCAUGCCAAUCUUGCAAGUUCUCCUGAUCAGUAUAUUGGGAGCGUUCAUGGCAACUGAGUAUCUAAAUCUUCUCCCUGCGGAUGCUCGACGAUCCUUAAACAAGAUUGUCUUCAUGGUGUUCACUCCAUCGCUGAUGUUUGCCAGUCUGGCCAAGACUGUUACGCUCCAAGACAUCAUUUCAUGGUGGUUUAUGCCAGUAAACAUUGGACUUACCUUUUUAUUUGGAGGAAUUCUUGGAUGGAUAGUUGUAAAAAUAUUGAGGCCAAAGCCUCACCUGGAAGGCCUGAUCAUCGCUACAUGUUCGUCAGGAAACUUGGGAAACCUUCUCCUUAUUAUUGUCCCUGCAAUCUGUAACGAGGCUGGGAGCCCAUUUGGUGACCGUCAUGUUUGCAGCUCUGUUGGACUGUCUUACGCAUCUUUCUCCAUGGCGCUUGGUGGUUUCUUCAUCUGGACUUACACUUACCAGCUGAUACGAACCUCGUCCAUGAAAUUCAAAGCACUUGAAGCAACAGGGGAGGUCUCAAAGACACCCAACAAUGAUUUAGAUGCUGAUGGGGAAAGUCACCUUCUCAAGGGAGACGAUGAAGAACAUGUUGCUAUAAGUGUGUCACCGAUCAAAUCUAUUGAAGACACUGAAAACCAAGUUAUUAUAGCCCAAGAAUCAGCCAGUACAGUGGAGAAGCGAAAUGUGUCAUUCAAGACUAAACUAGUUGCACUUUUUCACCAGAUUCUGGAUGAGCUUUUGGCACCCCCAACACUAGCUGCUAUUGUGGGACUCAUCGUUGGGGCAGUAACAUGGCUGAGGAACAUAAUGGUCGGGGAUGGCGCCCCGCUGCGGGUCAUCCAAGAUUCUAUUCAAUUACUCGGGGAUGGGACAAUUCCUUGCAUCACCCUUAUACUGGGGGGCAACCUAACUCAAGGCUUGCGCUCAUCAAAAGUCAAAUUGUCAAUCAUCAUUGGAGUGGUCUUCGUUCGAUACGUUCUUCUUCCUGUAAUCGGUAUUUGGAUUGUUAAAGCAGCUGCCAAUCUUGGAUUCCUCCCAUCAGACCCCUUAUACCACUUUGUGUUGAUGAUUCAGUUCACCCUGCCUCCUGCCAUGAAUAUUGGGACCAUGACCCAGCUCUUUGACGUGGCUCAAGAAGAGUGUUCUGUUCUGUUUCUGUGGACAUACGUGGUUGCAGGCCUUGCACUGACGGUAUGGUCAACAGUCUUCAUGUGGAUCUUGUCUUGAGGAGACCACCUUCAACUCGAUCGGGUUGAAAACAUCAAACCAUAAUCACCAUUAUAUGAAUAUUGUCUUCUUUUCGAGUGUUAUUUGUAGAUUUUAGGCAUAAUAUCCUCGAACUCCCAUGCUUUCACUUUCACGUCCUCGAGUAAUUGCUUAUACGCUUGUACCUCAACAAGAUCGACCGUUGAUGUAGACUCUCUAUGAAAUAUUCUUUCUAUUACUUUGUUUCUUUGGAUUCA